AGAAAGCCGGCGAAAACUUUUCCCAGAGUUCCGCGGAGCUCUCGGGGACCGGUGGAGCGGCCGCGGCGGGGCGGAGGCUGCCUACGGUUGGGUGAAGGAGUGGCCGUGGUAAAGAGUACGGGUGGCGGCUCGCGGCGGGCUCCUUCACCGGUGUCUCGUGGGAGCGGAGCUGCCAUCGAGCGGGCUUCAGUCGUGGCCCUUCACGACUGGAGUCACCACGCUGACCUCCUCCCCUGGCGGCGGCUCAGAGCCCGGGCGGGUCCUGCUGGGGCUCAGAGUGGGCGCAGGCCCCAGGGGACGCCAGGCCGCACGCGCCCCUCUCAGCCGUUUCUCCCAAAAUGAACUGCGUGCAGGCGGCAGCCUCCGCACGAGCCGCGCGUCUUUAAAUUCGGUUACGCCCACAUCUGGAGCGCGCGUUCGCAAGGCAAGUUGUUUGCCGGGCGCUAACCACCAGGCAUGGGGAAGCGCGGCCACCUAGCUGGCGGGCAGUACGUCCACUCUGCGCAGGGGGGGCUGGGAACUCGGACGCCUCGCCUGGCCGCGGUGACCAUGGGGGAGCCCGGGGACCCAAGACGGCUCUUCAGGCUGGUGCAAGAAGGCCGACUGUGCGCCCUGCGGGAGGAACUGCAGCGAGCGGGGCGCGCUGGCUUCCCGGGGCCGGCUGGGGACACCUUGCUACACUGCGCUGCCCGCCACGGACGUCGGGACAUCCUGGCCUAUCUGGCCGAGGCCUGGGACAUGGACCUUGAGGCCACCAACCGAGACUACAAGCGGCCUCUGCACGAAGCUGCCUCCAUGGGUCACCGGGACUGCGUGCAGUACCUGCUGGGCCGAGGAGCCGUGGUCGACUGCCUGAAGAAGGCUGACUGGACUCCUCUGAUGAUGGCUUGCACGAGGAAGAAUCUCAAGGUGAUCCAGGACCUGGUGGAACAUGGUGCAAACCCACUUCUGAAGAACAAAGAUGGUUGGAACAGCUUCCACAUUGCUAGCCGAGAAGGUGACCCUUCAGUCCUCCAGUACUUGCUCACUGUUUGCCCAGAUGCCUGGAAGACAGAGAGCAAAAUUAGCAGAACUCCUCUGCACACGGCAGCAAUGCAUGGCUGUUUAGAGGCAGUAAAGGUGCUUCUUCAGAGGUGUCAAUAUGAACCCGACUGCAGAGACAAGUGUGGCCUCACACCCUUUAUGGAUGCGAUUCAGUGUGGGCACAUCAGCAUAGCCAGGCUACUCCUUGAAAAACAUAAGGCUUGCAUUUCUGCUGAGGAUUCCCUGGGGGCCCAAGCUAUACACAGGGCAGCAGUCACUGGUCAGAAUGAAGCCAUCCGAUUCUUGGUCUCUCAACUUGACGUUGAUGUAGACAUGAGAGCAACAUCAACCCACCUCACAGCACUUCAUUAUGCAGCUAAGGAAGGACAUGUGAGCACAGUUCAGACGCUCAUAUCCUUGGGUGCUGACAUCAACUCCAAGGAUGAAAGAAAUCGAUCAGCCCUGCACCUGGCCUGCGCGGGUCAGCAUGUGGCCUGCGUCGAGUUUCUUCUGCGGUCUGGGCUGAGGGACUCUCCAGACGUCACGGGCACCCUGGCUCAGCAGCUCACACAGAGUGCAGACAUCCUUCAAUACUUCAGCCACAGUGUGAUGGCAUGAGGAUGUUUCUAAAGAAAGGCAGUAAAACUCAUGGUAACUUAUAUGUUACUGCUAAGUCAUUACCAGAUUCAGUGAAGUCUGCGGAUAGCCGGUGUUCUCUGCCCUCCCUCCCCUGCACUCCCCACUGCAGCUGAGAUUCCCAGAGGAUGUGGACGCUGGCUUCCUAAAUGGAGGACGGGCAGACUCAAAAUCUCUCCUUACCUGCAUUUCAUGUUAUGGCCUUCAGGUGGACUUAGAUGAUGUUUGUGAAGUCAGUGUCUGAGCUCCUUAGAGAAGCAUGUAACGUGCAUAAAUAUAAUAUAGUAUACAUGUAUGUGUACAUAUAUGUGAAACGUUUUAUAGUAAAUAUCAUAUGGUAAGGCAAUAAUAAUAUUAAAAAUAUAACAUAUUGCUAUUAGCUUGAGCCAUAAAUAAUUGGCCUGUUUACUUUCUUUCAUAGGCAUUUUCUUGGUUGUUACAAUGGUUUAAUUUGGUUUUGUAGCCAGAAUUGCUUACAGUCUGUUUUAUUUACACAAACAUUUGCAAGAAAUUAAUGAAAACUUCUGUAUCUAUUUUCUAAGCACUGCUAGGUAAGCUGUUUUAUGGUUUGUUUUUUUAGACAAGUUCUGUAUUGACUGCCUUCGAGUAAUAAAUACACCUAAAUACACCUAAAAAAUGCAUCUAAGAUAUUUUCAAAACUUUUCUGUUACCUCAGUUAAGGAAUAGGGUUUCUUGUUAAAGCCCACAGGUCACGUUUCCUGUCACAUGCCAUCUGCCACCGAAACCUAUGAUUGUGAAGGAAUGAAUACUUGAUGUUGUACCUUUUAAGAAAUUUGUAGCAAUUUAAACAUUGAAGAUAGGAUGGGUCCUUGGGCAUUUGGAUUCUUUUCCCUUUUUUUAAUCAUUUUCUCUAGUUAGUAAUUAGUCCAAGUCAAUCUGUUGAAAGAUCAAAUGUGUCCAUCACAAGCAAGAACUAACUUCCCUGUUCAGUGUAACCCCAUGAGAGCUUGUCACACACCCAGCUGUUCCCAGCAGUAAGCUGGGCUGGGUGAACAGCGAGGAAUUCCAGUUCUUUAUUAUUCCCAGCUGGCUGAGUCCUAUCCCCAACAACCAGAUAAACAUCUGGUAGUAACACAACUUGAUUAUAUAAUCUGUCUUGUGAUCUCUACAUCACACACUGCAUCUGCACUGCUUCAAGCUACAGUUGCAUUUCCUGUGGCUUCAGAGACAUCUGUGUCUUUGCCCUUUGGGUCUGAAGACAGCCCUGUUAUGUGCAGGUGGGAUGGAAGAUCAGUCUGAUGCUGGCCACCUCCUCCCCUCUGCAUACAUGUGAAGCACCUUUUUAUUUGCAGGGACUGCAUGUGAGACCCCUUUGCACCUGUGGCUUUGCUUCUGCUAUACCCACUUGUACUAGCAGCAAUGAGGGAAUAUCUCAUUACACAUUUGUUCCCAGGAGUUCCAGAGAUUGCAGUAAUGAUAACGUCAGUUGUGGCAAAGACCUGCUCUGGUCUUGUUCUCUUCAAACCCAUCCUCCACACAGCCCUGAGCUCCCACUCACAUGACCAAGGGCAUUGACUGUUGCCGGUGGCUUACCGAGUCUUCCCUCCAGAGAACACACCUGCAUGCUCACCAGGGUUCAGUCCCUUAACCAAGAGUUGCUUCCUCAAAGUUUUUGACUGGUCCUGCAGGAGCGCUUGGUCAAUUGUGACUGUCCCUGAGAUUGAUCAGGCAGAAGCCCUGGGAAGAGAUACAAAUUGGUAAGAAUUAUAAACAUUUGAAAAUAGCCAGGACCUCACAUAUUAAUUACCAAAAAAAUUAUGUAAGAAAGUAUUUACAAGACAAAAAUAGAAAAGAGAUUACAAAAUGGAUAAGAAAUUACAAAACUCAGACCAAAAAAAACCCAAAACUCUUUGUGAAGGGAGCUCAGGUAAUGCGAUAGGGAGGGUCAGGCACUUAACCAUGUUGUUGCUAGAAUUCACCAGCAGGUGGCAGGCCAGAGAACGGUCCUUUUUUAAUCUCCCAGUUUUUUGUUAACACAAUUACAGAUGUCCCUCAUUCCCCCUAUUUGCCCCCCCUCGCCCCCCUCCCAGAUUUCUUUUAAGGCUCAUUGUAAAAUAUAGAACAAAUAAAGGAGAAAACAAAAAUAACUUAUAAUUCCACUGAGGAGUCACUACUACUUUUUUCCUCUUAGUCUUUUAAAUGCAUAUAGUUGAAAUGAUGCUAUAUAUGCAAGUUUUUUUCUAACAUUAUAUUGCAAGCAUAUUUUAAUGCUCUUCAAAACUUGUGAACUUUUAAUUUAAUCUCUUCUUAGUACUCCAUCAUAUUGUUGUCCAUUUAUUCUUUCAUGUUGUCAUUUUUGUUUUUGGUAAGUAAGCAUGUAGGGAGCGAGGACUAAAGGAAGGCUAUUGGAUCCUGUUCCCGGAAGGUCGAGGCUGAGCAACGGGUUGGGGAUAUGGAGGGGCCUGAGCAGGCCUGUGUUCUUUGGAUGCGCUGAGCGGUGAAGAAAAAGAAAUACAUAAGGUAGUUUGACAGUAUAGGUUUUUGUAGAACAGGUGAGACAUGGAGAAGA